GUUUGCUCCCCUUUCCCGCUCACUCUUUCCCCAGAGACUCCCUUCCUUGAAACAAAAACGCGUUUCCUCCACCAAAUAUUUUUCCCUUUGUGGUUAUCUUUUGCUGAAGGCCAACCGAAACGCCGUCGUUGAGUUCCGGCCAGUGGCCUGAGCGGGGUGCCAUCUGAGUUAUGGAGACAACUUCUCUUAUUCAAAAGCCCCAAAAGCAGCAGAAACUGAAUGAAGAACAUGACGUUGAUGGGAACAGCAAAUGCUUAAGUAACUUACCUGAGGAGGUUCUUCUAGACAUCCUUUCUCUUCUUCCAACAAAAGACGCCAUUAGGACAAGUGUACUUUCUAAAAGGUGGGAUUACCUGUGGGCUUCUAUUCCCAAUCUAGUUUUUGAACAAUCCUUACCUGCCAAGAGAACGCUUUUGAUGAAUUUUGUGGAUAGGGCGCUUUGUCUUCGUGAUUCCUCUGAUAUAAAACGAUUCACUCUCUGUUGUGAUGUGCUCUGUGAUGCAUCUCGUGUUAAUACGUGGAUCUCUGCCGUAGUAAGACAUAAUGUUCAAGAGUUGUGUAUUGAGCUUGACAACUUUGAAGGAGUAUUUUCACUGCCUUAUUGCUUAUUUACUUGUAAGACACUGACAAGUUUACAUCUUGAAAUGCCCUAUAUGCUCAAGCUUCCCACUACAAUUUGCUUCUCAAAUCUAAAGAUCUUGACUAUUUGUAAGGUUACAUUUUUGGAUGAGUACUUAACCCAGCAGCUUUUUUCUGGUCUGCCAGUCCUUGAGAAGUUCACAUUAUUCGGUUGUAGCUGGGGGGGUCUCAAGUCUGUGAGUAUUUCUGCUCCCAAGCUACAUUCACUGUGCAUAAUUGAAACGGAGAUGCUAGAUGAUGAUUUUUGGAGUUAUAGUGAUGUUUGUCAGGUUAUGAUUGCUGGAGAUAGUCUCAAAGAAUUUUAUUACAUGGGUCUUCUGUGUAGCGACUAUUGCUUAUAUAAGUCAUUCUCACUGGAAAAUGUAGUUAUUGAUAUUAACGAAGAUUAUAUAUCAGACCAUGAUUAUAUACCAAAAGAAAUUACUCAUGGUAUGUAUAAGCUUCUUAUAGGGCUCUCCAACGUAAAAUCCCUAAGACUUUCCUCUGACGUGGUUGAGGUUCUGAUAAAUGCGGAAGAACUUCUACCUCAUAUUCCUAUUUUCAAUAACCUGAUAGAUUUGGUAUUCCAUGGUUGCUCAAUAGAUCUUGACUCUGCAACACUAUUGAAGAUUUUGCAAAAUUCUCCUUGUCUUGAGAGACUGCAAUUUUUGGGGGGAUUCAAUCUGCCCUUUAAUUAUGAGGAAGAGGAUACAAUAUUGGACACCGUGCCUCCAUGUUUCUUGUCCCAUCUCAAGUGGAUUGGAGUCAAUAGUUUUCGAGUUAAUAAGAAGUUUCUUUCUGCUUUAAGGAUUUUCCUCAACAAGGCAAUUGUCUUGGAAAACAUAGUUAUAUUUUUCUUAGGUAAUGAUCUUGAAGGGAACUUAGAGAGGCAAGACGAGGCUUGUGAACAAUUGAUGGAGCUCCCUACAGGACCACAAAAUUGUAAAAUUGUUUUGAAAUGGUAUGAAUGGCCAAAAACAUGUGAAAUAGUUUUGCAAUGAUCUUUUCUUGAGCGCUUGGUCUAGGAAAAACCCUUUAAAUUCAUGUGUUUUUUUUUUUUUUGAAAGAUUGUAAAGUAUGGCUUGUUCGCCAUCUACCUUACCUAAGUAAGUUGCUUUUAUCUAAUUUUUGU